AUGGAUAAAAGGCACAAACCUCGGCUGGAACGCCAGAUUGUUGGCUCAACCAACCGGUGGCGUUUCCCCCAAGAGCCUUUCUCGGGGGACUUGCUGGCACGUUCCCAGAUGUGCAAGGCUGUCAACACAGACUUUGAUGAAGUUCUGAAGCACCCAGACAGGUUAUGCAUUUCACAAUUUCAGAAAAAUUUCCCAAAGAAUUUGAAGAGUGAAACCAUCCAAAGUGGGGAGGCAGAUGUGAUUCUCGAGUGCCUUGGCUUCAAAUGGGAACUCCAUCAGCCCCAGCUUUUUCAGUCUGAGACCUUGACCAAACUUUACCUGAUGGCCCUGGCCCGGGGUAACCUCGACCCCGAGCAGGAGCUGAAGAGGCUUCUGCAAGCUCAACUGCGUGGGAAGGUCAAAGAACAACACCCCGUGAAGAAGAUAAGCAUUUCCUUGAAGAUCUAUGACGCUCUGGUCACCAAAGCUGCCUUCGCCACCGCCCUGAAGAACCUCUACAUCCCCGAGGUGAAGAUCAGCAUGGAGGAGGUCCUGGGCGUGCUGGCUGCCGCCCACAUUCUCCAGUUCCGCAGCCUGUUUCAAAGGUGUGUGGCCAUGAUGACGAGUGAGCUCACUCCAGGCACCAUCAAGAACUUCUACCUGGCCGGCUGCAGGUACAAGGAAGAGCGGCUCACCACCGGCUGCGAGAAGUGGAUGGAGAUGAACUUGGUCCCUUUGAUGGGGACACAGAUCCACCUCCGGAAAGUCCCACAGGAGCUGCUCCACAAAGUGCUGAGGUCCCCCAGGUUGUUUACUUUUAGUGAGUUUCACCUUCUGAAAACACUACUUUUGUGGGUCUACUUGCAAAUGAACAACAAAACACAGACCAUUCCGGCGUAUGAAACCAUGGUGGCAUUUUUUAGCAGCUUCCCCAAGACGUGCUCCUUUCUGGAACAGGACGUAGGACAGACCUUGACGCCGCUCUUCCUUUGCCUGCGUCUGCACGGCAUCAUCAAAGGCAAGCAUCUGGAGGAGCUAAGGCACAUUAACUUCUUCCCUGAAUCCUGGCUGGUCCGGGUUACAGCCAGCCAUUACCACGCACUGGAGAGUGGGGGCGACAUGGCCCACGUGAGAGAUUUUACCACCCAGGCGGUGAGGUUCGGGCUGCUCUUUAACCAGGAGUAUACAACACACUCAAAGACGAUUGCCAUAUAUGGAUUCUUCUUUGAGAUAAAGGGAAUCAAACACGAUACGACCUCGUAUAGUUUCCACAUGCAGAGAAUAAGGCACACCGACCUGGAAUUCCCCGCCUCGGUCUGUGAGCACAGCCCCAUCAGCCUGAGGGCAGAGCGCUUGGUGACGUACGAGAUCAGAGCCCAGACCCUGGUGGACAGCAAGUGGCAGGAGUUCAGGACGAACCAGAUCACACAAAAAUUUGGGUUGGCCAAGCCAUCCUGCAAAAGCCAUGCCUUGAAAAUCCAAACUGUGGGCAUCCCCAUCUAUGCAAGUUUUACAUUCGUCUUCUCAUUAGCUUAACUGUUUUCAGAGGCAUCUAUGGGAUUUUCUUUCUUCAACUGGUUCACAUAAAAGGAAAUAAAAUGACCUUAAAGGGACCGCUCAAGUAUUCAGCUCUGAGUUCGUGGUGAUGUCGUUGGAACGUCUGCCCACUGUCGCAGCCUGUGUCGGAUGCUCUAACAAAACACCACAGGCCGGGGGGCUUCUAUGUAGAGAAGAAAUUUAUUUCAGUUCUGGGGGCUGGAAGUCCCAGCUCAGGAUUCUGUGGUGUCUGGUGAGAGCCUGCUUUCCAGUUCACGGACAGCCGUCUUCUCCCUGUGUCCUCAGAAGGUGGAAGAGGCCAGGAAGCUUUCUGGAGCUUGUUUUCGUAAGAGCACUAAUCCCAUUUGUGAGUGCCCUGCUCUUGUGACCGAAUCGCCCCCAAAGCCUCCACUUCCUGGUGAUGGUACCUUUGGGGGUUAGGAUUCAGCAUGUGAAUUCUGCAGAGACACAUUCAGAGCGUAACAUUCACAUUUGAAUCAUGUGAGGGUGGAAGGUGUCAGAGUCAAUUUGCCAUUGUUGACCCCCAAGCACCCUGAGUCCAGCCCUUACUUAUUGCACUCUCGGGAGCACCCCAGGGGACCACCAGCAGUUAACACCAAACUCCAGCUGAGAGCAGCGAGGCUCCCCUUUUCUGCCUCCUGCACUGAACAGCACACCUGGCCGUGGUCCCUGGUAGUUUUGGCUGAGCGAGAACAAGAGGUAGGAAGGGAAGCAAAGCAAUUAUAAACCAAACUGUGAAGGGGACUUCUCUUAUUUACUGCCCCACCUUUCUGUUUUUUAUUAUUUUGUUUUGUUUUAUUUAUUUAUUUUUUUGUCUU